GCACCUCAGCUAGCUUUGGUAAUAUUGCCCUAAAUGAUUCUAACAUUAUCUGUGAUAUCUUUAAUACUAAUAUAUCUAAUAACUCUGGUACUAUUGCUCUUGAUAUUUUUAACAACUCGAGUACUAUCUCUUCUGAUAUUUUUAAUGAUUCUGAUAAUAAUGUCAGUGUUUCUGAUACCACCAUUAAUGAUUUUGACAAUAUUAUUUCUAUUAAUUCUGGAAGUAUUACCUAUAAUAAAAGCAAGAAUAAUAUUCGAAGUGAUAAUAAUUUAGAGAUAAUGAUAUAUGAUUUGGAUAAAGUAUAUGAAAUCAUCGCCAAGAAGUUUGAAGAAACUGAAAUAUUCAAUGAUCCCAUAAAAUUUGUUCUUGAAGUUGAGUUGGAUCAAGACCUUCUUAAUGAAUUCUCUUUAGAUCAACAAAAUUUAGCCAAUACAACUAAUUUAAAAAUAAUUGAAAUA